AUGGCUGACGAGAGGGCUGGAGGUGACAACUACAUUGACGACAACAUGGGCAAUCAGUUACAGCUGCUACCGGAAAACGAAGAAGAAGAGGAGGAGGAGGAGGCGGAGGAGGGCGACAUGGACACCGGAGACCGCGACAGCGAGGACGCGGUGAAGUCCAGCAUCAUCAACUUUGACCCGAGUCUUCCUACGUCACAUGCUUACCUAGGUUCAGACAUGGAGGAGUUUCACGGCCGUACAGUGCACGACGACGACAGUUGCCAGACCAUCCCGGUGUUACCCCACACAGCUGUGAUGUUGGUGCCGGGCCAGACGCUGCCCCUGCAGCUUUUCAGGCCACAGGAAGUCAGCAUGAUGCGCAGCGUCAUCCAGAGGGACCGCACGUUCGCCGUGCUCGCGCACAGUGAUGCAGGUGAGCCAGAGCCAGAGUUUGGGACAACCGCUGAGAUCUAUGCAUACCGGGAAGAGCAGGAGUACGGCAUCGAGACGGUCAAAGUGAAAGCUGUAGGGAGACAGAGGUUCAAGGUCCACGAGAUAAGAACUCAGGCAGAUGGCAUCAGACAAGCCAAGGUUCAGAUCCUGCCAGAGCUGAUCCUUCCAGCUCCCCUGACGGCAGUGCAGCUAACGCCCCUCUCCAAGCUCCAGAUGCACCCCUCCUUUAGACCCCCGUCCCAGACCUGCAAACAGGCCCAGUGCUGGUGGAAUACCUACCGCCAGAGGAAGUUUCACAGCGCCAGUCUGACGCCGUGGCCUCCGUGGGUCUAUGCACUCUAUGACUCUGAUUCACUCAUGAACCGGGUGAAGAAACAGCUCCACGAGUGGGACGAGAAUCUGAAGGACGACUCGCUUCCUACUAAUGCCGUUGACUUCUCCUACAGAGUGGCCGCUUGUCUACCCAUCGAUGACGCCUUGCGGCUCCAGUUGCUAAAGAUUGGCAGCGCAAUCCAGAGACUUCGCUGUGAGCUGGACAUCAUGGACCGGUGUACGUCGCUGUGCUGUAAGCAGUGCCAAGACACAGAAAUCACCACCAAGAAUGAGAUCUUCAGCCUGUCUCUUUAUGGCCCGAUGGCUGCGUACGUCAACCCUCAUGGUUACGUCCAUGAAACCCUGACGGUUUACAAAGCCAACAAUCUCAACUUGGUCGGCAGACCAUCCACGCUGCACAGCUGGUUCCCAGGAUAUGCCUGGACGAUUGCACAGUGCCAGACGUGUGGGUCUCACAUGGGGUGGAAGUUCACGGCCACGAAGAAGGACUUGUCUCCGCCACGCUUCUGGGGGCUGACCCGCUCGGCCAUGCUCCCCCGUAUCCCUCAGAAUGAGGGGGAGGAAGGGGGAGAGGGCUCCCGUGUCCUCUGCCUGUAACACCACACCGUGAAUGCGCUCCCUGCCCCACCAACCCCCCCCCCCCCCCCCCGGUGUCUUCGGUCUCACUCCCUGACAGGAGCUCCUGUCGAAUAAGCAAUGCACACCACCUGACGCGACACGGGCCUGUCACCGAGACAGCGAACCCAUCACCCGUGGCAGUGAAUCCAUUAGUGUUAAGUCUGUUCAGCCUUGUUAUUGGCAGAGUAAGAGUAAGUGAGGAUGGGGUGGGGUGGGGUAAAGGCGCUGUUCUGACAUGUCAAGCUGAAAAUAGUGUUGCGUUGUGAUGAAUAGAAAGGAGAGAAGAGUGACCAGAAGGUGACUGUGGUUAAAUGUGACUCGCCACUUUAACAUGUUGCUCUCCUGGCACGUUGCAUCUGUAUCUCGCCCCCUCCCCCGAUGUUGCUUGCCUGUCAACACACUCAUCCACACAUCAUGCUUAAUGCAGGACCAUGCGCCCCCCCCCGACGCCUGGUCCACUGCAUGAUGGGACGUGUGCCCCCCCCCCCAUGCAGUCAUGCCAGAAACUCCGUGAGUUACUGAUGCCCAUCAGGGAGGUCGGUUCCUACAACCAGUGGCUUCUUUAAUGAUGCCGUGAAAUAAAGCAAUCGAUUGAAAUCCAGCGGGGUGUUUCGAUCCCGUGUGGUCGUCUCACAGUUGCAUAUCUGGCUGCCCGGCGUCGUACUCUGAAAGGAGGGAAACCCUCGUAUGACAGACCGCGCCGCCUUCUUAAGACCAAUAUCAUUUCGGUCCCUCCGGUCGAGAAGGAAACCGGCUGUAUUUUUGUAUGUGGAGCGAGACGGGAAGUCCUCCUGCCGUUCUUUUCCACGUGAGAACACGUUUGCGUUAUGUCAUCACAUCAGUUCGCUGCAAAGCAAACUGAUGUUUAAACUUUUUUUUUUGGAUAUCUCAAGUUGUUAAGGCUCAUAAGGCUGCGAGACAGUGUGUGACAGAAGACCUGCGUGGGCACUGGUUGGCUCUGUGCUUCGCCUCAGACUGACCGGGCGUCGGGGGCGUGCGCGAUAGGUCAAGGCCAACCGAGCGAGUCGGUUGAGAGAGUAGCUGCCGUUCUGUUUUGACGUUCCUGUGUUCUGGCGUGGUUAGAAAACAAGAGUGCCUAUUCUCCAGCUCGACGUCUUAUCGGCUUGGUUUCGGUAAACCAUCCGACUGCAGACGUGAAAUAAAAGCUGUGAGUGACGGUGUGAUGUGAAGCCCCCGCCUGUCUCCUGUUGUUCUCGGACUACUCUGGGCUUCAAACUCACCAUUUCGGAAACGACACCUAUUGCAAAGAUGCUGGAAAGUUGUCGCCACAUGCUUGUACAGAUUGAAUUGUAUAUAAAAGGCAGAAAUAGUAAAUAUUGUGGGACGUAGCUGUUCUAUUGUAUAUAGAAUCUCGGACGCUCUAAUUUCUUUGGUUAUUUACAUAUUGCAGCACUGUCGGAAAUUAUGGCCUUAUCAAGAAGCAGAGUGAUUUGAUGCAAUAAGGAACUGUGUUAAUAUGUGAAGCUGUUCGGUUCCCUCACACAACAUGUCAUGCUGCACAGCAGUGAAAUAGCUGAUGAGCUAUCUGAUGAAAUAUCUCAUAAUCUUAAGAGGACUGGUUCAGGAACUCGUGUUCAGAUGGCCUCAGAGGCAUGAUACGAUGUCCUAUGGACGUACAGCUGGGAUUUGCUGCACCGACGUAGGCCACAUGGGCGAGACUGACUUUGUGGACUUGCACAGAGCGUGUCUAAGUGUUAACGUCUCUUUUAAAGGUGCUAUAUAUGAGAUUUAGAACAUUAAUGUGGCAGCAAACAGCUAUUUGCCAUCUAAAGCGAUAGUAGAGUAAUGGCGUGCACGCUAGCGUUAGCAGGGUAGCUAGCGAGCUAAUGAUUACGUCGGGUCACUCGGCAGAUCGAAGAAAUAGCUCCUUACCAAACUGAACAGGUUAAUAAUGUUAAUGAAAUGACUAUACUGUAGAAACUGAUAUUCCAACCGACGAACUAAUAGCCAAGAAUGCGAGGUGUGGGGGGUGGGGGGUUGUUUUGCUCUGAAAUGCUGCUGCUGAAUACUCGGGCUGUGUAUUGGCGAGAAUCUGGCGAUAUGAUACGGGGGUUACGACUCAAUAUAUGGCGAUAUAUUGCGAUACAGUAAGAAAGGCGAUAUAUUGUUAUUUCAUAGACCUGUGUUCUUUGUGCUUAUGCUACUUCCCGUCUCAGUUUACAUGGUUGCGUUGGAGUGGAAGAGUCGAAUGGCUGAAUAUAGAUUACAACACUGCCAUCUACUGGUGGUGGGGUUACACACAACACAGAAUGUUUGUCACAAACCUUUACAUGUAAACAAAAAUCGAUAUAGUGGUUUUGAGAACCGAUACAGUAUCACAAACGACAAUAUCGCGAUACUCCAGUGUAUCGAUAUUUUCUUACACCCCCUACGGAAUAUCGCAUAUAGCGCCUUUAACUCAGUACUUGUAUUUCUUCCAGAGUAGAACCUGUUCACUUCGGACUACAGUCACUUUCAGCUUUUCUGUCUUUCCUUAACAAUUCUUCAUAGAGGCUGUUCUUGGGUUUCAUAUCAUAAUUUCAUAGGUUUGCAAAAUCUUGGAAUAUUGUUUUUGUGGUGUGGUAAUGAAUUAACUUUACCAAGGCAUUGGAAUGGACAUGUGGAAUCCAAAACCCAAUGGCGUUCUUCUCUUCUGUCAUUUUCUGCUGUAGAGAUAGCCAGGCCUGGCCCCAAAGCAGCUUCCCUUCAUCUUUUCAUGCCAUAGACGCUCAGCACAAAGUGAAAUAAAAUACAGUUCUACUGUGA